AUGGACGCGCUCAUGGUCGAGCGGCCCCGGCCUGCGCAGACGGAGCAGCGCUGGCGCGCCGUCCUUGCCGCGCGCCACGAGGAUUACGACCGGGAGCUCGAGAAGGACAACCCGGAGCGGCCGUGGCACAGGGUGCCACACUUCCAGGGCGACGUCGAGGCGGAGUGCAAGCUGUGGGCAAGGGUCUCGCGUGCGCUCGGCGAGGCAUACGCGCGUGACGGCUGGCGCAUCGAGACCAUCGAGCUCGGCCGGGAGCUCGCGCGGGCGCGUGGAGCUUUCCGCUCGGGCCAGCAGGAAACGGGCGCCCCGCACAGCGACGCCCGCCGUAGAGUGCCGAGAGCUCGGCUCGACGCGAGCGCCGAGGAAAAGCGAUCGGCUCCCAAGCAGUGGGACGCCGAGCUGGAGAAUAAGCGGCCGAGGCGAGCUGCGGCGGAUGCAGCCAGUGGUGCGCUCGACGGCGCAGACACCGCGGUCGCGGAGCUGAAAGACGUGCACGCAUCGCAGUCGAUUGCGCUCACAUCCCAUGACGCGCUCGCUGCGAUGCUGUGGCCUGCACAUACUGUUGUGGUGACACUGCACACGAGCGAGCGGCCUUCGUGUCUGCCGGGAGGCGUGGUACAUAUUGGUGCGGCAUUCGACGACCGCGCCGACUUUGACGACGUCGCGAUGACGAGGCGCCUCGACAGGCUGUGCGCUUACACGUGGGCGGCCGACGCGGCACGCGUGGUCUUUGUCUGCCACGCUGGCGUCAACCGCUCGAGCCUCGCGUUGUGCUACUACCUCCAAAAGUACGGCCUGGUGGGCUGGCAGCAGGCAAAGGACGCGCUCGUUGCCGCCAAGCGCGGCGCCGCCAGCGGCUGGCCAACGCUGGAGAAUGGAGCGUUCGUGGCGUACCUCGUUCGGCACUUUGGGAGUGCGGCCUCCUCGUCCGCUGUUGGCGAUGGCGCUGCCUCCGCACCUGCCGCCGCAACUCCCGUAGCGCCGCCGCCACCGCGCUGGUUCUGGCGCACGGUUGCCACCGCGCGCCCGAGUACCGGCGGGCCGGGCGCCGAUCCGGAGGAGGCGGCGCGGCGGCGGCAAGAGGCGGACGAGCGCAUGCGCAGCCAAGGCGUCGACCCGCGGACGGGCCGCACUUGGGGCUGCUGGGAGCGCGGCCGGCCAGGUGGCAUCUGGGUGCGUGGAGUACCGGGGCAGCGAAGGCCGUGGGGCGAGUGUGGUUGA